UUCUGCCAAUAUGCAAAACUCAUUCACUGUUUCACCAAACCCUCGAGAGUCCGUUCUCAGCGGACUCUCCAACGCUUUUUCUUUUUUCGCUCUUUAUUAAUCCCUCUUAUUUCUCUUUCCGAUCCCCUCUCCAUAAGAGAGAGAGAAAAAAAGGAACGCUCCUUUUCUCGGAUCACGAAAAUGCAGAGCGCAGCCUUCACCGUCUCUUCUUCUCCGGCGCUUCCUCUUCUUAAGCCUCGAAGAUCUCUGGUUAAUAAUUGCUUUACUGCUAGAUGCGGUUCUAUUCGCGCCUCCUCUACACGACAGUAUCUAGAGGCUUCCAGCAAUGUUGUUUUCCCGCGGCUAUCCUGGUCUUUUUCUUCGUCUCCCUCUCUGCUCAGACCUUGGAAUCCUCUGCCUCCUCUCGUUUCCGAGACUAAAAUCGACCGGUUCGAGGUUAGGGCGACGGCUGUGCCGGAGAGUGCUGGUGAAGCCGAGAAGUCUAAUAGCUUGGCCAAGACUUUGGAACUUGGAUUGUUGUUUGGCCUUUGGUAUCUUUUCAAUAUAUAUUUCAAUAUUUACAACAAACAGGUUUUGAAGGUCUAUCCAUAUCCAGUAACUGUUACUGCAGUUCAGUUUGCUGUUGGCACAGUGCUAGUUAUUCUUAUGUGGACUUUCAAUCUCCACAAAAGGCCAAAAAUCAGUGGAGCUCAGCUUGCUGCAAUCGUGCCACUGGCAAUGGUUCACACGCUAGGCAACCUCUUCACCAAUAUGAGUCUUGGAAAAGUGGCUGUUUCAUUCACUCACACAAUCAAAGCUAUGGAACCUUUCUUCUCAGUUGUUCUCUCUGCAAUGUUUCUCGGUGAGUUGCCUACCAUCUGGGUGGUUGGUUCCCUUAUGCCAAUUGUUGGUGGUGUAGCACUUGCUUCAGCAACUGAGGCCUCUUUCAAUUGGGCUGGGUUUUGGAGUGCAAUGGCUUCCAAUUUGACAAACCAAUCUCGUAAUGUCCUAAGCAAAAAGGUCAUGGUUAAGAAAGAGGAAUCCAUUGAUAACAUUACUCUCUUCUCAAUAAUCACAAUUAUGUCCUUUAUCUUGUUAGCCCCAGUAUCUCUCUUCAUGGAAGGUGUCAAUUUUACUCCUGCGUACCUCCAAUCUGCUGGGUUGAAUAUUAAAGAGGUGUACAUUAGGUCUCUUUUGGCUGCACUUUGCUUCCAUGCCUACCAGCAGGUUUCCUACAUGAUAUUGCAGAGAGUAUCUCCAGUUACCCACUCUGUGGGCAAUUGUGUGAAGCGUGUAGUGGUCAUUGUGAGCUCUGUCCUAUUCUUCCAGACGCCUGUCUCUCCUAUAAACUCUAUUGGCACCGGGAUUGCCCUUGCUGGGGUUUUUCUGUAUUCAAGAGUGAAGCGCAUUAAGCCAAAGCCAAAAACUGCUUGAAGUUGUGCGGAUAUUUUGCUUCAAAUGGUUCAUAGAUGAUGGCAAAGGAACUUUUUUGUAGAUCAGCCAAGAAACCUUUUUUUUUUUUUUACUCGCACUCUUUGGUUUUAUGGACUCCCCCCCCCCCCCCCGCCCAAAAAUUUACAGGGUGGAAAUAUGCUGCCCAGGAAUUUUGUUUGUAUGAAUUUUUUUUUCUUUUUUUAUGUGCACUUGUGAUGCUGUAACUCUGAGAGUGGACACACAAGCGGGCGUUGUUUGGGUUAUGCAGAAUGCAAUGUCGAGAGAAUAAUUUGUGGAGCGAUUGGGAAUUUUGCAGUUCUGAUAAUGGAAAAUGGCUUCCGUGGCUCCCCUGAA